AUGGAAUCUGCAGCAAACGUGGAAGAGGGCUCUGCUGAGCCGGCGUCGCCUCAGAAUUAUGCUCGCAAACCGCUCAGCUGCUCAACAUGUCGCAUCAAGAAGAUUCGCUGCGACAAGCGCAUGCCAUGCUACCACUGCGUCAAGGCGAAUAUUCGAUGCACUUUCCCAGUGCAGAGAAAGCCAAGGGAACGUAAACCUCAUCUCAAAAACCGGCUACCGGAGGAACGGAAAGUUGCCGAGGCCGUCGGCGAUGCCUUGGCAGACAGGUUGCAGAGUCUGGAGACACAGGUCUCGUCACUACAAACACAAUUGGUGGACGCGAGCAAAGGCGACAAAACGCAGCCGCCAAACUAUGAGCUGGUAAAACGGAUGGCAUUGCGUCCGCAUGCAAGCUCGACGGGCGCUGGUUCGCACAUUAAAUCCUCGUUCUGGGCUAGCAUCAAUUCUGAGUUACAAAAGCAGCUCUCAUCACGGCGCUCAAAAAGCAUACAGCUGCAGUUUCAGUACAGUGCGCUGGCAGGGCCCAGCUUUCCUGCGCAAAAUCAACCCGAUGUCUCUAUGCUCCUGUUCAAGUCGUUUCAAGGACUGCGACAUCCUCUCCAUCACCCACCGGAAACGCACAUCAUGCUCUUCUGGAAUGUUUUCAAAGAAAACGUUGAGCCCAUGGUGAGAUUGCUACACAACCCAACAAUGGCCAACCUGGUGGAGAGGGCGCUCUGGCACCGGCAUACGCUUUCCACCGCUGAGCAUGCUCUUCUUUUCUCAAUAUACUAUGUUGCAACAGCAGCCAUGGGCGAAGAAACGAUCAUUCGAGAAUUUUCCGUCUCCAAAGGCGCUUUGCUCAGUCGCAUGCGAGUGUUGGUAGAGCAGGCGCUCGUUGCUGCCAGAUUUGCUACUACAGUAGAUCUGACUGUUUUUCAAGCUCUCAUGUUUUUCGUGCUAGUACUUCGCAAGACAGGAGAAGCUCGAAGCGCAGGAAGUCUAGUUGGUGUCAUCGUACACCUCGCUCAAUGCUUACGCCUACACAAAGACGGUGCGGGAAUAUAUGAUCUUACACCAUUCCAAACGGAGAUGCGCCGCCGAUUAUUCUGGUGCGUCAUUGUCCUUGAUCAGCGCUCUGCAGAAGAUUUGGGCACAAAUCCCAUGAUACCCGAGCACAUGUGGGAUACGCCGCUGCCGCUCAAUAUCAACGACGACGACAUCAGCGAGAGUUCGCCUGCCUUACCCGAAGAGCGAAACGGCAUGACAGACAUGACGUUUUGUCUCAUUCGCGUACAUACUAUGCAAACCUCGGUGAGGAUAAGGCGACUCGCCUCCGAAGAGCCUGGCCAAACAAUUGAGGCGCUUGAUCAGUUUUGCGAGGAAAUGUGGCAAGAAACGUAUGAGAUGCUCAAGAAGAAAUUCGUAGACCCAAACCCCAGCCACGAGCUGGCCUGGGCCGCAGAGACCAUGGCGUCAUGUAUCAUCUCCAAGAUGAAACUGACAGACCAAUGUUCGUUUUACUCACCUGAAGACGCGCACACAAUGACCGAGUCAAUGCAGAGCCGCUCCACGGCGCACCUUGCCUCGGCCAUUCGCGUCAUGGAACAAAACCACUCGGCCAACCUCGACGACCGCUGGGCCAAGUGGAAAUGGAUCUUUGUCGCCUACUCGCGCUGGCACGGCUCCGCCAUCCUGUUCAAGGAAAUGCUCCGCAGGCAGUGGACGCCCGUCAGCGAGCAGGGCUGGGUGACGCUGCACAAGAUCAUGGGCGACUCCAAGUUGGGCGAGCUCGAGUGCCUGCGGGACCAGCCGGUGAUGCCGCUGCCCUUUGGCUUCAUCUACGAGCUCACCAGAAAUUACCGAGAGUCCGAAUAUGCGAGACUGCGCGGCCAGCCAGAGGAGGCGCGACGGCUGUGCGACGAGGCCGUGCGCGACAACGGGCAGCACCAGUACGGCGCUAGCUGCGGCGAUCGCCCCGGGGUUUCGGCCUCAUCUCUGGAGCGCUGGCAGCGGGCAGCAGGCCUCGUUCACACGGUCGAGGAUAUGUCCGCGCAAGUACCGCGCGGCGUUAUCGCAUCCUUGGAAGAUGAAGAAAGCAUCGCAGGGUUCGCAGGUGUUGUCUUGUGGCGUUGGCACAUCUACGGAUCUAGAACUCGCGACGCCUCUCCCGUCUACACAUUCCAGCGCCUUCGAGAUCAGCCUGCGUGGAUGGCUCAUUGA